AUGGGACAACUCGAAGGUAAUUCCUUGGCGAACCAUUUUAGCCACGGACAUCCGUUGAAAUCUCACGCUUAUAUCACUCGAAAGGUCACAUGUUCAGCGUGUAAGCAAGGUGUUUCCGGAUCGUUUUACGCUUGUCUUUCAUGCAAUUUCUACCUUCAUAAAAAGUGUUUCGAUCUUCCUCAAACGUUGAAACACCAUAGCGAUCGACGACAUAAUCUUGUUCUUUUGUCUUCUCCUGCGUACCCCGAAGGGUUUUUCAAAUGUAACGCUUGUGGGACCCAUGGGAAUGGGUUUUCGUACCAUUGUUCUGAUUGUCAAAUCGAUUUGCACACCACUUGUGCUUUGAUGCCGCCGUCGGUGAACCACACCGCCCAUGAUCACACCCUUGGCCUUUGUUUUACACCACCGUAUGAGAACCAGGGGUUCAGUUGCGACAUCUGUAAGAAACCCGGCUCGAACCAUUGGCUCUACCGGUGUGGUUUAUGUGAUUUUGAUGCUCAUAUGAAGUGUGCCAUGGCUAGAACCACUUCUCGCGAAGUACUACCCAUGGCUAGAACCACUUCUCGAGAAGUACUACCCAAAUCUACAAGUCUUCCUCAUUAUAGAACUAACCACUUCUCACCACCACAACCACCACCACUGCAGUCCGCGACUCCGUCACCAUCACUGGUCCAAAUAUAUUAUAACUCUUCAUCGACGGAGUAUCCUCUAGCUGAUCAUCAUCACAUGGCUAGAACUGCUAGUUCUCAAGCAGCCUUGAAUAAGUCUGCAAGUCUUCCUCAUUAUGAAACGCAUCACCAUUUCUCACCACCACCACCACCACCACCACCACGGCCACCCGUCCAACAACCAUAUUACUACCAGGCGGAACAUCAUCCACAAUAUCAUCAAUCGAACCACUACCAGGGUGCAACAACCAUGGGUGUUCCGGUGCAGACUUCAAAAGAUAAUGGGUUCAUGAAGAACAUGGCUGGGCAUGCAGUGGAGGGAUUGGUUGGAAGUGUAGUAGAGGCUGUUCUUGAAGGGAUGGUGUCGUAAAUCAUAUUCUUGGAAUAAUAGCUACUUCUGAUUCCAUAAACUCACGUACACACCAGGUUC